AUGGCAGAAUACAAGCUCGCAUACGAGUCACAGCUUGACGCCUUCCACCCCUCCUACCGCUGGGAAGCCCGCGACCCAAACGAAGACUGGAAGUCCGCUGCACUCCGCGGACCAGCCUUACCAGUCCUAGGAAACGCAGUCGCGGGAGCCGUGGGCUCAGCAAUAUCCAACGUCGUCGUCUACCCUCUCAACGUGAUAGUCGCACGCCUCCAAACCCAGGCCAACAAAGAAAAGUCAAAAGAAGAGUCAGACGAAGAUGAAGAAUACGAUGGCAUCCUCGAUGCAGCACACAAGAUUUACCUCAAGCAAGGCAUCGCCGGCUUUUACCCGGGACUCGCCCAAGACACCUGCAAAUCUGUCGCGGACUCGUUCCUCUUCUUUCUUGCGUACACGAUCGUCCGGCAGCGAAGGAUAGUCGCUCGCGUCGGUGCUGCCAAAGCAGCGAAGAACAAGAACAUCGUACUUCCAAUUCUUGAUGAGCUGGCUGUCGGCGUCGUGGCUGGAGCGUUUUCCAAGCUGUUUACUACGCCACUGUCCAACAUCGUUACUCGCAAGCAGACGGCAGCGCGCAAAGGUGGGAAAGGGGCUAAAGAUGCAACAACUGCGGACAUUGCUGCCCAGAUCCGCAAGGACAAGGGACUCGGUGGAUUCUGGUCUGGGUAUUCGGCCUCCUUGAUUCUGACGCUGAACCCGUCCCUCACGUUCUUCUUGAAUGAGGUCCUGAAAUACUCCCUUCUCCCGCGUUCCAAGCGCGAGAAACCCUCGCCUGCGGUGACUUUCUUCCUGGCGGCGUUGAGCAAGUCUGCUGCUUCGUCGAUCACCUAUCCUUUCUCUCUGGCCAAGACCAGGGCACAGGCUAUGGGAAAUGGCCCAAAGUCUGGACCGGGCUCGGAGUCCAAGAAUGUUCUAGCCGCGCUCACUCCGAGGAUCUUUGCUGCCGUCAGCGAGAUCUAUCGUGCCGAGGGAGUCCCCGGUCUGUACUCGGGCCUGCGAGGCGAAGUCCUAAAGGGCUUCUUCUCUCACGGGUUCACCAUGCUGGCCAAGGACGCCGUGUAUGCGUCUAUUGUCAAGACCUACUAUAUUCUCCUCGUCGUGCUUCGCCGCUAUCCGUCUCCCGAUGAGCUGCUCCAAAGUGCUCGCGAGCAGGCCGAGGAAUACAGCGAGGUUGCACGCGAAGGUGCCCGCGAAAUGGUCGAACGAGCACGCGAAGGUGCCGAAGACGUGUUGAACAAUCACUCCGGCGGCGUGUCCGCUGACAUGACCUCCAAUGCUGCUGCGGCCGCUACCCCAGCUCCGGAUGCAGGGCACGGAGUGGAUGCCUCUUCUGGCCUGAAGGUACCACCCAUGUCGGAUGAGGUCAAUGAGACGGCCGAGAUGGUGGGUGACUAUGUCGAAGAAGAGAUUGCUGAGUGGAAGAGGUUCUAUCAUUGGUUUUGGGAUAAGGAGAGGGGGUAUCAUAAGGGCGAAUAG